GUAGGUGAAUCUCUCUGUCUGAAACACAAAAAGAAGAAGAAGAAGAAGAAAAAAAAGAGGACUUUGUUGAAAUGGAGUACUCACAAGUAUCAACUGAUGAUGGGGAGGCGGAGGUGAAAGAGAUGAGAGGUGUUUCCUAUAAUUUCUACUUACACCCAUGCCACUUCCUUGAAGAAGCAGUUAGGGCCUUUUUCAAGUGUUUGGGUAUUGAGAAUAGAGCACAGGAGGAAAAAGAUGAUGGGCAAAAAGACACUGAAACAAACCCUAAUAAAAUUGCUCCUUCAACCUCCCAAGCAGAGCUACAAGAUGAUGCUGCAGAUCCAUCAGUCACAGCAACAGACACAACAGAAGCUGAUCCAGCUCCAUCUUCAACUACUAAACAAACCUCUGAAGUUGCUGCAAGCUCAAGGGUUGUUAGACAACCAAUAACCACGGGGGGAGGUGGGCAGAUCAAUUAAUAGGCCUAUGAUGUGGGUCAACAAGCCUAUUAAUUACAUAUACCUCUCUCUUUUUCCCCACUUUUUCCUCUUUAUUUUCUCCAUUUGUUUUUGUAUGCUUUUGAGUUUGUAUGAGGUACUGGACUGUGUGGUUGUGGGUGUAACUUGAAAGACUAUAUUUGACAGAACUCAACUUCGUCUCUAGAAUGAAAUGCAUAAUUUUAGCUUAGCAGUGGCAUGCAUAGAUUUUGAGAACCCGUUUAUUUGAUAGGCAGCAAACUGUUCUCAGCAAAGUUUUACAAGUUACUUGCAACAUGUCAAAUUGAAAAGUAAAGUUGUGUUUUUAACACGUACGCAAGGAUUUAUAUUCUGCCAGGAUCAACUUGCUCUUGCUUACCUGCCACCAGAAGCAUUGCCUACUUAUUUUUCUGACAGAAAAAAAAAAAAAAAAAAACAGAGUAUCUAUUCCAAAUCUGUCUAGCCAAAGGAAAGUCACCAAAAUUGUGUUAAAUGCAAACGUGCGACUAUUAGUACUGCGAAAUGACUCAUUAAUAAGUCUUACGAUUUCAGGAACCUGACUUCAAACCAAGCCACUGUGCUUUGAGAAAUGAAUUUGUU